AUGGCCAACCAAACCCCCGCCGUUGUCAUGGACAACGGUACCGGAUUCUCAAAGUUGGGUUUCGCUGGCAAUGAUUCACCUUCCUUCGUCUUCCCCACCGCGAUCGCCACGAAAGGAGCUGCCGGAACUGGAGGAACGGGGUCCGGCCGACCGGCAGUUGCGAACAAACCGUCUUACCUUACUGGAGGAGCUGGCCCCAGUAGCCACCUCAGUGCAAAAAGGGGUACCGAAGAUCUAGACUUCUUUAUUGGUGAUGAGGCUAUAGCAGCAUCGGGUGGCCCAGGCUACGGCCUUCACUAUCCGAUUCGUCAUGGUCAGAUCGAGAACUGGGACCACAUGGAGCGAUUCUGGUCCAACUCAAUCUUCAAAUAUCUUCGCGUAGAACCAGAGGAACAUUUUUUCCUCCUCACCGAGCCGCCCCUGAACCCACCCGAAAACCGAGAAAAUACGGCCGAGAUCUUUUUCGAAUCCUUCAACUGCGCCGGUCUCUAUAUUGCCGUUCAGGCCGUCCUAGCCCUCGCGGCGUCUUGGACGUCGUCUAAAGUACACGACCGGUCUCUUACGGGAACGGUCAUUGAUUCGGGUGAUGGUGUGACGCACGUUAUCCCCGUUGCUGAGGGCUAUGUCAUUGGCUCUUCCAUUAAGUCUAUCCCCAUCGCCGGUCGGGAUAUCACCUAUUUUGUCCAGUCCCUCCUCCGUGACCGCGGCGAGCCAGACUCCACCCUUAGGACCGCCCAAGAGAUCAAGGAGGAAUACUGCUACGUCUGCCCCGAUAUCGUAAAGGAGUUCUCUCGAUACGACCGAGAUAGGAGUCGAUUUAUCAAGCAUGUGGUUUCCCAUCCCGGUGGCCGACAAGUAACGGUGGACGUGGGAUACGAGCGGUUCAUGGCGCCCGAAAUCUUCUUCAACCCCGAAAUCUACAGCUCCGAUUUCCUUACGCCCUUGCCAGUUGUCGUUGACGGUGUCAUUCAAUCUUCCCCCAUCGACGUGAGGAGGGGCCUGUACAAGAACAUUGUGCUAUCCGGCGGAAGCACGCUUUACAAGGACUUCGGUCGCAGGUUACAGAGGGACAUCAAGCACCUUGUGGAUGCGCGCAUUCGGGCUAGCGAGAUUCGCAGCGGCGGAGCGAAGAGUGGCGGUUUGGAGGUGCAGGUUAUUACUCACAAGAGGCAAAGACAUGGACCGUGGUUCGGUGGUAGCCUGCUGGGCCAGACACCAGAGUUCAGGUCGUAUUGUCACACGAAGGCUGAGUACCAAGAAUACGGUCCUGGUAUUGUGCGAAGAUUCGCUUUGUUGGGUGGACCUGGAGGACCAUAA